UCAAAUCUCCCCACAGAAGUAUUCAUGAGAGAGAAACAAACAUUAUAGAGAGAGAAAGUGGGGGCGGCAUGGGUAUAGUAUAGCUGGCCUGGCCCCACCCUCCAAUUUUUUCAAAAUGCUCUCCCCCACCCACCACGGGCUAUACUCUUCUCUCACUCAUUAGCAUGUGGUAUGCCGUAUGCUUCAUCACUUCCUGCUGUCUCUCUCUCUCUCUCUCUCUCUCUCUCUCUCUCUCAUCAACAUGAAAUUUCUGUUCAAGGUGCUCUAACCCCAUUCUUGUCUCUCCUCAAUUUCUCCAUCACUAGUUCUGGGCAUGGAUCCUGAAGCCCUUCUUGACCACGCUCUGUUUCAGCUCACUCCAACCAGAACAAGAUGUGAUCUUGUGGUGGUGUGUGGGGGUAAGAGCGAGAAGCUAGCUUCUGGGCUUGUGGAACCCUUUGUUUCUCACCUGAAAUUCGCGAAAGAUCAGAUUCCAAAAGGUGGGUAUUCAAUUACCCUCCGACCGCCUAAGACUGACGCCUCAUGGUUCACCAAAGCCACUUUCCUAAGAUUCGUGCGCUUUGUAAGCACUCCUGAGAUUCUUGAGAGGUUUGCACGCCUAGAAAAAGAAAUUCUGCAGAUCGAAAGUUCAUUUCAGCCUAAUGAGUCUGCAAACAGCAUCGUCGUAGGGCAAGCAGAGGAAGGAAGUUUUUCUGCUGCCAACGGGACUACAAAGCAGUCUACUACCACUUCGAAGCUUAAAGGUGAAACUGAUGGGAAUGAUGAUGUUGCACAAGAACAGAACUCGAAGAUUCGUCUGCAACGUCUUCUGGAGACUCGGAAAGCGCUACUUCGAAAAGAGCAAGCAAUGGCUUAUGCCCGUGCUCUUGCCGCUGGAUUUGAAUUGGACAAUUUAGAUGAUCUCUUAGUCUUUGCUGAUGCUUUUGGAGCUUCACGUUUAAGGGAGGCGUGCACUGAUUUCAAGGAACUGUGCAAGAAAAAGCACUCAGAUGGGCUUUGGAUGGACGAAUUAGCUGCUAUGGAGGCAUAUUCCCAACCAGACCUCUCAUUCUCUGGUGCAUCUGGGAUAAUACUUGCUUGUGAAGGCACUCCCCUGGGUCAGAAUAACAUGCUAAACUUUCCGAACGGUAAUCUUAUGUCAAAUGGGUCUUUGGAUAUUUCAUCCGACUCAACAGCAAGCCAGUCGGACAGCAACAAAGAUAAUACCGUGCAUGCAUCAGAUCAGGUACCAUCAAAAGUUCAAAUGCAAAUGCCAUGGCCAAACCAAAUUCCACAGUACAUGUUCAACUUUCAGAAUCCGGGUCAACAAAUGGCUCCAUAUCCGCCCUAUCCUUUCCCUCCUAUGCAAAAUGCACCGCCGUAUUACCCAGGAAAUAUGCAUUGGCCUCAAAAUACGGAUGAAUCUAGACGUGGUCCCACUUCGGAACCUGAUCAUCAUCGGCAUAAAAGGUCGUCUUCAAGGAACAAGGAUAAAUCUCGAAAUGUAGAAGGAGCUGGAUUUUCAGAAGAAGAUGAACAAACUGAAUCGGCUGAUUCUGAUACUGGGACUGAUUCAGAGGCAAUUGCAUACAAGAAAAAGGAGAAAAAGAAGUCUUCGAAAACAGUUGUCAUCCGAAAUAUCAACUACAUUACAUCGAAGAGGAGAAAUGGAGAAAAGGAUGGAGACUCUGACGAUGAUUCUUCAGUGGAGGAUGGAUCUUUGGUUGAUGGAGAUUUCCUUAAGCACAAGGUGCAGGAUGUAGUUGGAACUUUUGAGAAAUCCCAUAACUUGACUUCAAGUAAAAAGAAAAGAGGUGGGAAGAAGAGCUCAGACUUUGUAGCUGAUCAAGAGGUUGAGAAUGAUCCAGUUAAUAAUAUGUCUGCGGGAGGAAAUGGAAAUGGAAACUGGGAUUCGUUCCAGAACCUUUUGAUGAGGGAAAAAGAGGUAGAAAGUCAGAAGCCUAUGGAUGUUGUUGACGAACACUUCUCAGUCAAGAGCUCUGUUAAUGGAGUCAUGUCCAAUGCAGAUGCUCUUUCCGUUGACUUCAACUCGGAGAAAAUUCAACCACGGAAGACAUUUGGAACGGAUUCAUUUAUUGUCAAUGAUAGGGAUGAGGCAAAUGGCAGUAGAGUUGAGUUAGAAGAUUUUGGCAAUGGUGAGACUCUCCGUCCAGGUAUGAUGAGAAGGGAUAUUGAGCAGGAGGCAUUGUUAUUUCCAAAUAGAGUGGAAGAAACCAGGAGCAAUAUUGUAGGAACACUUCCAUUUAGUGGAAACGACUUGUCCAUAAUUAAGAACGGGAAAGGAGAAGAUUGGUUUAUCGUCAACCACUCUGGAGAUGUCGAAAGGCAGACAUCAUUUGAUGGCGGUAUUUAUAAUGCUUUGUCAUCUGUGGGUGAUCGCUCUCAGAGUGAAGUGAGUAAAAAGAUUGUUCCAGUUGACGAUUCUUUCAUGAUACAGACGCAGACAUCAAUGGGUGAUCAAUAUGAUGGUCACUGGAAAACAGACCUAAGCUUGGUUUCAGGCGUAAUUGUACCCGAAAACGGGACCCCUGAUGCUUCGCAAAAAAAGAUUGGUGUAUCCCACGAGCCUGAUGAUCUCAGUGUGGUGCUUUCGAGGGAUUCUGGAUUUGAGUCUGUUGGAGUUUCUUGGUCUGCUGAAAUGGAUUAUGGAGUUGAGGCUUCAUUUAAGGAACCUGUUAAAAAGCCUUUAGUUGAAACAACUGAUCCGGAUCCAGUUGAAGAGAAGAGUCCCACGAAUGGUACGAGCGGAAAUGUUAAGAGAACUAGUUCGGAAAAGCAAACAAGGGGUAAAGGUUUGCAGGGAUCUCUUUCAAAGAGCAAAUCUGAUGUUUUGUCGAGGAGCAAGAAGCCGUUGUCUACUAGUAGGCCUAUGAUUCAAAAGAGCAAAUUGGAGAAGGAAGAAGAGGCUCGAAAGAAAAUGGAAGAAUUAGCGAUUGAACGCCAGAAGAGAAUUGCUGAAAGAACCGCAGCUAGUGGUUUAACUCCAGCAGUAUCUAAAAAAGUCCCCAUGGCAUCUGCAAAGCCAAGGCCAAAUGCAGCCAAAAAUCUUGUUAUGCCUGGACAAAUCAAAUUGCGUGGGUGAUUACCAGUCUCACAUCGUAUUCUGGAGUUGAGUCGCUCCGGGUAUGAGCGACUGCCAAGUUUUGGAUAAACAUGGCAAAAACUCACCGCAAGAACCUCAAAAUUACUGAUUUGUUGUGGGUUUUGGUGUAUUCUUCAAGUUCUGGUUCAUAAUCUUAUGUUUAUACCCAUAUAGGGAUUGUUGCCCAUUUAUACAUGUAACGUGUCACAGUUGACAUUGUAAUCAUAUUUCGCGAACUAAGCCCCCGGUGUAUAGUGUCAUUUGAGUUGUAUAUUGAGUUCUUGUAUUUGUUUCACUUCAAAAGAUUCCGUUGAUAUCUGGAGUUGUUAUUGCCUUCGGCUUGCUGUAAACAUUCUGUUUCCAAAAUUCUUUGGUCUUGUAUCUACUCAGUGGUGUAAUAAAUCUUGUUGAACAUUCAGAUU